AUGAGCACUUUACCUCCCGAUCCUUACAAAAUCCUCGAGGUCUCGAAGGAUGCUCAGCUUCCCGAAAUCCGAUCCGCGCACAGAAAGCUAGUGCUCAAAUGUCACCCCGACAAGGUCCAAGAUCCCAAGUUGAAAGCCGAGAAGCAGAACGAGUUUCAACGGGUGCAACAAGCCUACGAGCUCCUUAGCAAUGAGACCGAGCGCUCACGGUACGAUGACAGAGUCAAGCUCCAGGAGCUGAGAGACUCGAUGUCCAAGCUUAACACCCAUGCCCGUUCUCCUUCAGCGACUCGACGGCAGGAACCCGUAUACUACGACGUCAAGCACGCAUCACCAAGGCCCUCGACCUAUGCAAAGGCCGGUCCUUACGGACGAACGCCUCCCCGCUCGUAUGAAGACGACAUCUCCAGCAGCGCGCGGUUUGACGAGACCGCUCGCUACGCCCGGAAAACUGCGAGUUACGAGAGGUACGACAAAUACAAGGAAGAAAAAUCAUCGUCAAGACGUGAGGAUGAACGACGAAGACGUGACAAGGAGAAGGAGAAGGAAUGGACACGGGAAGCUGCAAAGGAGAAAGAAAGAGAGAGAGAAAGGGCCGAGCGAGAUGCCCGGAAAAUCGAGAAGCAGCAGGCGAAGCUGAGGGAAGAGCGAGAUAGAAUGGAAAGGGAGCGCCGCAGAGAAGAAAAGGAAGAGAAGAAGAAGGCGGAGAAAGAACGAGAGAGGAUACGAGAGAGAGACCGCAAGAUUGCAGCCGAGGACAAGAAGAGCCGUCACAAGGAGGCCUAUGUAGAGGUCUCCCCAGACGAACAUGAAGACGAUUACCCGGCAGGUCCCAAGUCGGACAAGAAGUCAAGCAGCAGCCGCAAGCUUGAAGAGCCCGACAGUAGUCCGGCGACUGAGAAGACCUCUGAGAAGAUCGAAUUCGCCAUGAGAUAUCUGUCAAGGUCUAACGGCGGGAAACCUCCAGUACUGGGACGAUCACAGACAUAUCAUGAGCAGUCAUUUGCGAGGCACAUACAACCCAGUGCUCCAACGCCGCCCCCAGCUACAGCCGCACCCUACCCACCUCCUCCCCCCCCUGCUGACCUCCCAGACAUUACGGUUGAGGAGGACAUGGCCAGGAGAUCAUCAGCCAGACCAUCUGGCCGCCGCACGUCCUACGACACGCCGCGAUUGCCAAAGGAGAAAUCCUACAAGAAGGCGACUUCCCGAGAACCAGAACCUAUCGUUGUCGAUGCUGGAUCGCCUGGGACUCGGGCGAUGCCUGCGUUCCACAAAUCCCACACGAUGCCUUCGGAAAGAGGACCGCCGCCGCCCCUAGGCCGCUCGCAAACCGAGAGCCGUUCUUCUCGUCCAGUUGGCCCUGGCAUAACCCGUGCGGAAACAUUUCACCCUGGGGCGGAAAGUGGCCGUGGACGGAAUCGGAUGGGACCCACCUAUUCAGAUGAGGACUCUGAGGACGACCGGGAGCGCCAUUAUCGUCGAAGUCGGGGAACCGUGGCUCCUGAAACAAUGGGCAUUCCCAGGACUACACGAUACGCCAUCAAACGUGAGCCAGAUGAAACGACGCGAAUUUACAAGAAGUCGGGCUAUGCCAUGCCGAAAAUUUCUACGCGUACAGACAGAGCUAGUUACUACACGCAUGACCAAUACGAGGACGAGUCGCCCCAGUACUUCGGCUCCGUGAACUACGCACAGCAAGUCGACCCUCACGAGGUCAAAUGGAGCAGCGUCCCUCAUUCAGCGCACCGAGGAGAAGUAUACACUUGA